AUGGGGCGUGCAAAACUGAACUUAGAACUAAUCCCAAAAGAGAAAGCGAGAAACUUGACCUUCAAGAAAAGGAAGGAAGGGAUUAUGAAGAAAAUGCGAGAGUUCACUACGCUGUGCGACGUGAAUGCAUGUAUGAUCAUAUACGGGCCCAACAGCCAAUCAUCGGAGCCGGCGAUUUGGCCGAACGAUCGAUCGGAGGUGGAACGCAUGAUCGAGCUGUACAAGGAGAAGGUUGCGGAUAACUCGACUCGCUCCUAUGGGAUCUCCAAUUUCUUCAUGGAUCGGAAGAAGAAAUUGGAGGAAGAAGUGAGGAAGCUGAAGCAGAAGAACUUGGAGGCCAAGUAUCCGACGAAUCUGGAGUUCAUGGAUCGUAUGUCGAAGCCGGAAUUGGAGAAUUUUGUUAGGUUUUUGGACGGAAAACUUGAGGCGGCGGCGGCUAGGAUGGAGAUGAUGAACGAGAUUAGCAAUAAUAAUGGAGAAUUACAGCAACAAUCUCAAGCAAUGCAGAUCUUCCCAGGGUAUAAUAAUCAGGAUUACUACAUUGAUCCAAUGCAAAUUGAUAAUUUGGGGUAUGUGACUAAUCCGCUUCAUCAUCAGCAUGUUGUUUAUAAUAGCCCUAAUGUUAUUCUCGAUGAUGAUCAAGAGAAGAAUUACGGGUUAUUGGGCUACGCAAACCCUAACCCGACCCCCGGCCCGGGGAGGAUGAUGAUUCCACCAGAAUACAUGCAUUUUACCGGCGGAGCUUCCUCCUCCAGCAGCGCCGGCGCCGGCCCCGGCGGCUUUAUUAUCUAUAACAACGACAGUUUCCCGGCCGGAUACCGGCAGCAGCAAGUCAACUUGUACGAACCGAUGAUGAGUAACGUUAUGGCGCAAUACUCCAUUGAUCGCACUACAAUGCAGCUGACAAUGGUGCCGCCGCCGCCGCCCUAUAUGGGCGGCGAUUUACCCCCACUGCCGCCGUGUUACUUGGAGAUGAACGAGGUGAAAUGCACACUUCCGGCUCUACCCGCCGGCGGUGUUAAUUUGCCGCCACAAAUAUCUCCAUCUUCUUAUUACUUGGAGGAGAAGGAGAACAACAAUAACUAUCUUCCGCCGCCGGCAGGUGGCAGUGGCCUGCCGCAAUUGCCGCCGCCGCGUAGUUGUAUGGAGGACAAGGAGGUGGCCAGUAGUAGUAGUAUUACCCAUUAUCAAGUCACAAAUCAGAUAACAAGGUUCAGCUAG